AUGACCGUAUCCGUCGACAACCCACCACAAUCCAAGAGCAGUCGGCCGCGAUGGAUGCUCCACGUCCAGGCGCAGUUUUGGCGCGUCCUCAUGGGCAUCGGCAUGAUGCUCCACCGUCUCGCCCGCCCACGACCACCGAAGCCUGCGUUCCAUAGGGACAUCGAUGCCACCGUCUCGCCAUUGAAAGGCAAAUUCCGCCUCAACUUCUACGUGCCCAAGGAAUACAAGAAGCAUAAGAAGCUGAAGGGUACUAAGAAAUACCCUGUUGUCAUCAACUUCCACGGAGGCGGUUUCGUACUGGGCACUGCACACGACGAUGCGCGCUGGUGCGGUGUCGUCGUCGACGAGGUCGGAGCCGUAGUCGUCAGCGUCGAUUAUCGCCUCGCGCCUGAGAAUCCGUUUCCCACGGCUGUCGAAGACGGUGCCGAUGCGGUUCUCUGGCUGGCGCAACACGCCGAGGAGUUGAUGCUAGAUGCAGAUCGCUUCGCCAUAUCGGGCUUCUCCUCAGGAGGCAACAUGAGCUUUACGGUCCCGCUGUGUCUGCAGGGCGAGCUCUUCGACCGAACGACAUCUGGCGCCAAGAUCAUCGAUGACCGCGCGGGUAGUGUUCCCAAUGCUGUCGUUCAGCCUCCUCCCGCAUUUGGCCAAAACCUCACCCCGAACGGCUCCCGCGUGCCACUCGUGCGCCAAAAGUCACGCCUCGAUCGCAUUGCUAUGCUCCGCCAGACUGGCGCCUCCUCGCUAUCGCUCAUAUCCUCAUAUAAAGACAACUCGGGAGUGUCAGUCAUGACGGAGGCGUCCAACACUGUCCUCAAGAUCAGAGGCAUAGUAUCCUUCUAUCCAUCGAUCGAUUAUACGCAAACCCGCGCCCAGCGCCGAGAGACGUGCUCGAGGGUUGACCAGAACCUCCCCGCUGUCUUCACCGAUCUCUUCGACGACUCGUAUCUCCAACCACCUUCGCUCGAUCUUGCACAUCCAUGGCUCAGCCCUGGUGUGGCACCAAAACACAUGCUUGCGGCGCUCCCUGACGACAUUGUCCUCUUCUGUUGCGAAUGGGACAUGCUUCUCGCUGAGGGCGAACGAUUCCGCGACCGCCUACAAAAGGAUCUUGGAAAGCGCGUGCAUUACCACUGUGUACCCGGAGUGCCGCAUGGCUGGGACAAGGCGCCUAAUCCUCUUAGGGAGAGCCCGGGUGCUCGACAGCAAUAUAUGGUAGCAUGUAAAGAGCUGAAGCGUAUGUUUGACAUUGAGUACGACGAGGACGAUUCGCACCAGAAUUUGCCAUGUAAGCAAUAUCAUAAAAGUGUUGACUUGGGCACCGCGGGUCAGCGGGCGCAGGCCGAAGCAUAA